ACGUAUCAUCUAGUGGACGGAACUCUUCUUUCAACAGCAGCAACAGUUCGUCAGCCACCUCGGUAGCUUGCAAGACAAAAUAGACGAACCAAUAAAGCUCUAUUGACGCUUUCGUGUAUUUUAGCCACUGUGUUUUAAACUCACCUUUGUCGUCUAGUUAGUUAUCCGAUGUAAUUACAUAUUUACUGUGUUGUUGUUAUUAGUCAGCUAGCGGGCUGGUUAAGUUAGCAUUAGCCUAGCUAGCUAACAUCUCCGACCAUGAGCUCACUAAGCAACUCUCCUCCUGCUAAAGAAGAGGGGGUCUGCUGGACGGAGAAAGAAUCUCUCGUCAAAGAAGAGGAGGCUGUUACAAUAGAAAAACAAGUAGAGGGUGAGGUAGUUACCGUGAAAGAAGAAGAGAAAGACGUUUCAGUGAAAGAAGAGAAAGACGUUUCAGUGAAAGAAGAGGAAGACUCGUUCAGAGUGAAAGAGGAGGAGGAUGUUACAGUAAAAGAAGAGGAGACAGAGGAGGAUGUUACAGUAAAAGAAGAAGAGAAAGAGGAGGAUGUUACAGUAAAAGAAGAGGAGGGUGUUACAGUAAAAGAAGAGGAUGCCGUUUUUGGAGUGAAAGAGGAGGAGGAGGAGAUUACUAUUACAUCGAAAAAGGAGGAAGAAGAGGAGGAAACUGGAUAUCUGGGCCCGAUUUCCCAAAGGCAUCUUAAGGCAUCGAAUGGUUCUAACGAUGAAUGUGCCCUGAUUAACACCAGAGAGAGACGUGACUAUCAUGGAUCCUCUGGGGAGCCUCAACAACCUCAUGACGCUGACAAGGCAGAGAAGAGUCUCUCCAGAUCAAAACACCCCAAGAAACACCUGCAGAGACCCACAGGGAAGAGAACUCACCACUGCUCUGACUGUGGAAAGUGUUUUGUUUCUUCAGGAUGUUUAAAAUCACACCAGAGAACACACACAGGAGAGAAACCUUAUAGUUGUGAUCAAUGUGGGAGGAGAUAUGUUACUUCUAGCGGGCUGACUAAACACCAGAGAACACACACAGGAGAGAAACCUUAUAACUGUAUUCAAUGUGGGAAGAGUUUUACUCAGUCAUCCAGCCUGAUAUUACAUCAGAGAACACACACAGGAGAGAAACCUUAUAGCUGUAUUCAAUGUGGGAAGAGUUUUACUCAGUCAUUCAGCCUGAUAUUACACCAGAGAACACACACAGGAGAGAAAUCUUAUAUCUGUGCACAAUGCGGGAAGAGAUUCGCCUCCUCAGCAGACAUUAAAAUUCACCAGAAAAUCCACACAGGAGAGAGACCUUUUAGCUGCUCUGACUGUGGAAAGAGUUUUGUUCGCUCUGGACAAUUAAAAUCACACCAGAGAACACACACAGUAGAGAAACCUUAUAGCUGUAAUCAAUGUGGGAAGAGUUUUACUCAGUCAGGCAACCUUGUAUCACACCAGAGAAAACACACAGGAGAGAAACCUUAUAGCUGUGAUCAAUGUGGGAAGAGGUUUACUCAGUCAGGCAACCUGGUAUCACACCAGAGAACACACACAGGAAAUAAACCUUUUAGCUGUGAUGAAUGUGGAAAGAGUUUUACUACAUCUAACCAUCUUAUUGUACACCAGAGAACACACACAGGAGAGAAACCUCAUUGCUGUGAUCAAUGUGACAAGAGAUACUCUGAUAAAAGAUCACUGAUCAAACAUCAGAAAAUACAUACAUGAAGGAGUUAUUUCAUGAUAUCAAUUAAAUAAUGUCACAGUGUAGAAUGUUUUAACAUUGUAGAAGGAGUGUUUUAAUGAUAUCACAAUGUAGAAUGUUUUAACAUUGUAGUAGGAGUGUUUUAAUGAUGUCACAAUGUAGAACCCUAAACGUUUUUGUCCCCUGUUCUAUUGAUUUCAACAUGAUAUGGAUAUUAGGCUCAGGGGGAAAAUCCAGGCUCUGAAUUGAAAGAGUAUUAUUUAUGUGAUUUAACAAAAAGUUACUAACAAAAAUAGGGUUGUGUUACACACACCACAUUGGCCACCAACUUAAAUCAAAAUGCAAUACUUCAAAAUGUAGCUAGCUGUUUUCUACAAAUUGUCCUCUAACCAGGGAUGUACACAUUAUUCCCAGAUUCUGUGUGGUUUUUGGUCAGUCACGUUUAACAGGAUGUGCAACCUCAUCUCCCUCCUGUCGCACACUUGAUUUCAACAUGAUAUCGAGGAUUUAUGACAAAUAAGUGUUGUGUUCCUUUGUUUAGUGACCCCUACAUUUAAAUGCAUCACUCCAAAAUGUAGCUGAUUGUCUUCUGCAGGUUGUCCUCUAACCAGUGAGGUAAAAGAUAUCUCCCAUUUCCAUGUGUUUUGUUUAGUUGUGUUAGAUUCAACAGCACGAACAACCUGAUUCCCCCCCCCCCCUUCCCCCCCAGUUGAUAUCAGUGAUUUAUUGCUAUUUGUCAAAACAACAGCGUUUUUGGUGCCGUUUAUAAUAAUAUGAUUAUUGUGACAGUAGUUUGUGUAUAUAGCAAAUUUUAUGUUUAGCUUUUCAAUUUAUCACAAACUGUUUCUGCAUAUUGGUUAUUGAUUUGGACAUGUUAAAACUGUGUUUUGACAUUGGGGAUAUCCCACCUAGCAAAAUGUAAUUGAAAAGAAGUUAUAAAAAAAGAAGUUAGAAAAUAUAUAUAAAAUAUAUAAUAUUUUUCAAUGAAAACAACUUAUUUUCGAAAUACUUGCAGCCUAUACACAUGGACGCAGUAUAAUAAAUUGGUCUAUAAUCAAUUGUAUUAACAAUCUGACAUCACUCCAGUAUUUGACAACAUUCAAGUGCUAAUGGUCUUUAUUCCACUACUGAAGAAGCCUGACUCAAAUCACCUCAUAUUUCAAACAUUCAGCCUGACAAAAGAUACGUUUUGUUAUUCCAUGCCUCACCAUCAAGUUAAUUAUUGCCGAUACAUAUUAACAAAGGGGUGUACAUUUGCUUUUGAUAUUUCAUAUUUACAAUUAUGUAACAUUUAGUAAUCAUAGUUAUUCAUGCAAAUUAUAUUGACAUUGUUACCCUGCUUUUAUAAUAUCAGGGUUCAUUCUCAGAUGUCUCAACCCAAAUGUACUAGAGCGUGACAUUGGGGACUGGGCCACGAUCCAACAACAUGCCUAUGUAGUGAACCCUGAAAAGAGAGAGAAGCUCCGCAGUGAGGUGGAAAGUUAAUACGGAUAUCGCAGGAGUUUCCUCUUGAAAUCAGACAUGUCCGUGACAAGGACAACUUGGUUGCUGAUCGUCUCAAGGGUGGGCAGUCAAAAAGAUUUGUGUUUUGAGUUUAUCUAGUGCGUUACCAUGGAUUAUUUUGACUGCACGUUUUUCCGUAUUGGAGAUUAGUUUUGUUUGGGCUCGUUCCAAGGGGACGAGAGUUCUAGAAGCUAGUGAGUUUUAGGAAGACGAGAGUUCUAGAAGCUAGUGAGGGAAAAAAGUUUUUCUUUCUGCUUUUUAAUUGAUGACAGCCAGUAGACACCAUGUUUAUAUUGUAGAAGGUGAAGCAUUGUAGUUGAUUAUAAUGUGAAACGGAAGUUGUUUUCUGUUGGUGGUGAGCAUUCUCUUAAGGUGUUACAGUCUUUGGUUUUUACAUUUAUGUUUUGAGGUUGGACGUUAGCACGUAGGACGCACUGAUUGGUGUCACCUCGUUAGUCAGUAUGUGUUACACUGUGCUGGCUUGUCCAUCUCGUUAGUGGGAAGGUGUUUCACCUGAGCUGGUCCAGGUUCUAUUUAAGAGUGUCUGGCCCAGUGCUCCAGUUGUCUUGAUAGAUGUGACAAAUCAACACCUUUAGUUGCGCUACCGUUUUGGCUUCCUGUUUUUAAGUUUGUUGUGGGUUUUUCUUUUGUUUUCCUCUUCUUGGGCAGAUUUAGUGGGUCUCGUGGUGCUUGUCUUUUAGGUACCAGUUGUUGUUACUAGUCAACUUUCAGUGGACACUGUGAGAGUAAAAUUUGCAAGAUUAUGUUAUUAUACUUUUAUUGCAUCAAAUGGUUGUUUUAUGCAACAGAAUAGAGGGUUCUUAUAACUAUUGUGUCUGUGUUCUACUGAGGAUGGGCCUCUGGGAGAAAACACUGACAGGAGAUUUACAAUGUCUUUUGGGUGAUAAAACCUAACGAGACCGCAUUCCAGAGCAUGAGUUAAUGUUUCUGUUCUAUAUGGUACCAGGGAGGAAUGGCCUCAGGGCCAGACCCUGGUCUCUACACAAAGAGUACUGUUUUUACUGCAGAAACUGUCUGCUGAGAAUUAGUAGUAUUAGAAGUGUCUUUCAUACAAAUCAUAACCUUCUGACCCGUUCUAUACAUCUGUUGUUGGUCAUGUAGGUUGAAAGGGGUGUAUCUUGGCUGUAACAGACCUUUGUACUUGGGUCUCUCAACGAAUCAUCUGGGGGUGAUACAACAACCAGCCAUCACUAUCGUAGAGCACUCAAUUGAUUCACUUUGUAUGUGUACGUUGUAUUAACCUGCUCUUAUUAAGUGAAUAAAGAUUUAGUUU